UGAAGUAAAACUAGUUAUGUAAGUAGGCCCACUAGGACGUAACGUUACACCGAUGACAACAAUGAGGCAUCUUCACUCUGUCAAAAUGGCGGGGGUCCGUUUGGAGCCGCUGUCCACCCGUGAGAAGCUGUGUUACGCGGUGGGGGAGUUCUCUGGCGUCAUGACGUACGACAUCAUCUCCAUGUACGCCAACAUCUUCCUCCUGGAAGUAGUGAAGCUGACUCCCCUCGCGGCAACUGCGGUAAUUUUCGGAAGCCGAGUUUGGGACGUCCUGGCGUACCCUCUCCUCAUCCCGGUCCUGAACGCGUCCAAGCCGAACAAGUGGGGCAAGCAUAAAAGCUGGAUGGCCGCAUCCACGCUAAUCGUCAUCCCCUCCUACGUGCUGGGGUGGUACGUCCCGGGUAUUGACAGCGGAGGGAAAGUCGCCUGGUACCUGGUCUUCUACAGCGUGUAUUUGGUGUCCCAGACGGCCUACACCAUUGCUCAUCGUACCCUGUUGAUGUACAUGACCGAAGUACCAGCCGAGAGGGACUCAGCAACAACCUAUCGAAUAUUAUGCCACAUGCUGUCGUACCUGCUGGCGAUCGCUGUCCAUGGGCAGAUCGUGGCAGCGUUCGGCACCACGGAAUCUGCAUCGUGUGUCAACUCCACAAUCAGCAACUCAAGUACGGCCGUCACUGCGGACCCGGAGACUGGUUACCUCGUAUCAGCUGGAACUACAGCCGCCAUUAUCACUAUCGCUGUCUGUGCAACAGUCUUCGGAGUCAAGGAGUAUACAGGGAGUACGGUCACCGGUGACGACACCUCACGAGGAACUCUGCUGAAGGACAUCUGGGAAGUCUGCACCUUCAGGCCGUUCGCUGACCUGGUGGGCUUGGGGAUGCUGUCAGUAUUUGGCGCCAUUGGAGCAACUGUUCUAGCCGUCCCCGUCGCCGCCCUACUGCUGACCCGUUUUGAGAAGAAGCUAGUAUUGGCAGGAUUCGCCUUGGCAAGUAACGCUUUACCAAAUAUUGAUCGUAUGAAGGUUUAUCUGUGGCGGUAA